CAGCGCACCAACCGGAAGUGUCCGUGUUGUGGCGGAAGUUGACGCUUUGUGGAAGCCCCCGGUGUUAAGAGAAGCGUGGCUGGCAAAGAUGAUUCAGGCGAUUAUGGUUUUCAACAACCACGGGAAGCCGCGUCUGGUCCGCUUCUACCAGCGUUUCCCAGAAGAAAUUCAACAGCAGAUUGUUCGAGAGACCUUCCACCUAGUUCUCAAGAGAGAUGACAACAUCUGUAACUUCUUGGAAAGCGGAAGUUUGAUUGGUGGCUCUGACUACAAACUGAUUUAUCGGCACUAUGCUACCCUCUACUUUGUAUUUUGUGUGGAUUCAUCAGAGAGUGAACUUGGGAUCUUGGACCUCAUCCAGGUUUUUGUGGAGACCCUGGAUAAGUGUUUCGAAAAUGUUUGUGAAUUGGAUUUGAUCUUCCAUAUGGAUAAGGUGCACUACAUCCUACAGGAGGUGGUGAUGGGGGGGAUGGUGCUGGAAACCAACAUGAACGAAAUCGUGGCUCAGAUUGAAGCUCAGAACAGGCUGGAGAAGUCGGAGGGCGGUCUCUCGGCAGCCCCCGCCCGGGCCGUGUCUGCUGUAAAAAACAUCAAUCUGCCGGAGAUUCCUCGGAAUAUCAACAUCGGUGAUCUCAACAUCAAAGUCCCCAACCUGUCCCAGUUUGUGUGAGGGCUGAAGACUGGGCUGAACUGGAGUCCUUGCAACAAGCGAAGCCAAGUCAGCCCCGCAACACAACCCGCCCUGAGCCCUGGAAGGCUCAAGCCUCGGGUCCGAGCCUUGAUGUCGUGGAGCCGGGAAGGGAGUCCUGUGGCACUGCUGGCACGUGCUCCGCUCUCACAUGUGCAGCCUGGCUGGUCUCUGACACACGUGGCCACUGCAGAUGUGAGGGGGGCCCUGGCUUCCCCAGUGGAGGGUCAGUGUGCCCAGACACUUGCACCCUCUACCUCCCACGUGCAGCCGCUCCCAGGGGUUGGGGGCUAUAUUGAGAGGCCCCCCCGCUUCCCAGAACCCCACCACUGGUACCUUCUCCAGGUCGUCUUCUCCCUUAGUGCCACGACAUCUGACAUCCUAUAGCGUUUACUUUCGCUGGUGAGGGGCCAUGAAUAGAAAAGAGCUGACCCUUCAGGCCUGGGGGUGUGUUGAUUGGCAAACAAGGGCAGGAUCUUAGGAGAACCAUGGCCUCCUGGCUCUGCUAGGGUUGUCAUACCCAGAAUCCUUUUGUAUAGCCAAGCUUUCUGAUUACCCCCUCCUGCAGAGUACAUCUCCCUACUGCCAUCGUCCAAACUCUGCUGUCACAGGUGUUUAUGUGCAGGACACAAUCCAAAUCAUAAGCCUGGUGCAUGCCCACCACGUUUCCGCUGAUCAGGAGAGCACCCCCACCACAGCCAUCUCUCUAGCACAGCUUGAGGUGUCCCCGCUCAAAGGGAAGAGGCUCUGUGUCUGUCGAAGGUAAAGCUGAUAACAUAUGAAACAUCUCAGAAUUACGACUCUCUCUGGGCGUUAAAACACGUUCUCCUCUGUCGCUGUGUGACGAAUGAUGACUCUUCUCCAAAUGGGAAACCCACCGCCGUCUGCACCAGCUUCUGGACUAGCUUCGGAGACCUGUCAGCAUUUAGGGGCGAUAAGAGCCCUCCUCGGAGUAGCCCUGCCUCGAGGCCAGGUCAGGGACGGUGUGGCGCUCACUGCUCCGCCACGGCGCCCACUGGCCAGGGGCCCAGACUGUGCGCAGGCCUCCCGAUGCUGUCGCGGAGCCCAGCGGGUGGCGCCCCGCGGGCCCAUGUCCCAUCAUACCCGCUCCCUCUUUGAGCAUGCUCCCUGUGGAUGCCCAUUGUCCAGGCAGUCUCUUGUCCUCAGGCUUUCCGGUCCUCUCCGGUACUGCCCGUGUUGAGCAGAAGCCUUCUUCUGUUGGAAGAGGGCAAUGUCGGCGAAUACAUCUGAUGUCAAAAC